AUGUCCAGCAAGGUGGCCAUUGGCAGUGACAUCGGCCAGGCCCGCCGGGCCGUAGAGCAGCUGCGGAUGGAGGCAGGCAUUGAGCGUGUGAAGGUGUCCAAGGCAGCCACCGACCUGCUGCAGUUCUGCACCGAGCAGGCCAAGAGUGACCCCUUCCUUGUAGGCAUCCCGGCCGCCACCAACCCUUUCAAGGAGAAGAAGCCCUGCACCAUCCUGUGA